UCUUAACAUAAAACAAGGACACUGUACUAACUAAUUUAUCAUACAAAGGGAGUCAGAGAAUGAUGAAUCUAUCCUCAAGGAACUCAAUAAGGAGCAGGAGUACACCCACAUCAUGUUGUGGCAAGGUGGGUAUAAAGAGGGGGUCGUGGACACCUGAAGAAGAUGAGAUCUUGGCGAACUACAUCAAGAAGGAUGGUGAAGGGCGGUGGCAUACAUUUCCAAAGCGGGUGGGGCUUUUUAGGUGUGGUAAGAGCUACCGCCUUCGAUGGAUGAAUUAUCUCAGGCCUUCUGUUAAGAGAGGACGUAUUGCCCUAGAUGAAGAAGAUCUCAUUCUUAGGCUUUAUAAAUGGCUUGGUAACAGGUGGUUUUUAAUAGCCGGGAGGAUACCAGGACGCACAGAUAAUGAGAUCAAGAAUUACUGGAACACCUAUCUACGUAAGAAGCUCAUUAGUCAAGGAAUUGAUCCAACGACCCACAAGCCUUUAUACCCUAACCCUAAUUCAUCAGAGAUUGCCAAUAUUGCUCCCACUCAAAACUCCAACCCUAAUUCUUUUCCACUAGAAGAGAAUGCCAGGGUCGAUCGAGCUAUAACCACUAGAGUAUUUGAGAACUUAACAAUAACUAACUUGGAUCAGUUUCCAAAUUAGGUCAUUGAUGAUGGUACCAAAAACUGGCCUAAUUGUGAUGGUUUUACUAAUGGGUUACAAAGUCUUUAUGAACCAAACAAAGAGAAAGAUUACAUUGGAAAUGAAAAUGAGGACACGUUCUCUUUGUUUCUGGAAUCUCUGAUCAAUGAAAAUGUAUUUGCGUAUCAACAACAACAAUGUAAUAUUAUUGGACCAUCAGGUCAACUUGUGAUUUCUUCUUCACAGGCUUUCCAUCAUGGCAGUAUUUGGGAAGCUGA